AUGCACGCACCUCUAGCUAUCCAGCCUAUGAAUCUGGUAGAGAGGUAGAAAUUCUGUGUCAAGGCUAUGGUUUCUGGUAUUUGUGAGUCUACCGAAUGCGACCAAAUACUGAAGUACUGCAUGGGGGAUUAUAUGAUUUAUGAUCUGACUAGGCUUGAUGCAGCAAGGAGUGGAAUGUGUAAUCAGAUUAAUGAGAAACUAGAGCCUUUAAGAGAAUAAGGUUAUGAUUUUUUGCCUAAUUCAAUCAUUUUUAUCAAUCUUUCAGAAUUCGAAUAAAUCUUUAAUGUGAAUAAAAUAGGUUUUAAUUUCACCUGGCUGGCUAUCUAGGCAUUCCUAAAAUAUCGAAAAGGUUGA